AAUAUUUCCUUCUUUUUUUUAUUAUUAUUAAAUAUGAGUUUCUUGGACCAAAUUUUGCGUAAACGUUUGAAGCGCACCCGCACUGUAGUUACCCAACUGGACGGCAGCCGAACCCUGGUGUCAUCCGAGGGCGGAGAACCCGAGGUUCGGCUGAGUCCGGCCACUUCCGGUUACGUGGUAGACCGUUCGCCAGAUGCGAUUCCUGCUCGUGUCCUCGACAAUUUGUUCGUGGGAUCGCAGGAUUGCUGCGAUCCCGACACCUUGAUCCGCUUCGGGAUAAUCGCUGUAUUGAGCGUGGGUGUGGAAGCGCCGGUACACGCCCCCGAAGGCGUGACCUACAAGUUUAUGGAGUGUCUCGAUUUGCCAGACACGAGUCUACCCGAACUGUUGCACGAAUGCUCGCUCUUCAUCGAGGCAGAGUCAAAGGUGGGCGGUGUCCUGGUGCACUGCAAUGCAGGUGUCUCGCGAUCCGUUACCAUCGUCGUGGGUUACCUUAUCACCAGAUUAGGCUACGACUUUGCGACUGCCAUGGCCCUUGUUCGGGCUGCAAGACCCAGCGCUAAACCCAACGUCGGUUUCGACCGCCAACUCAGACUACUUUAGAUUCUACCAAAAUCUAAUUUAUCAUUAAUCAUAAUUUAUAGUAUCAUUACGUACCUUUUCACAUACAUUUUAUUAAUGUAACGUUGUACUCUCUUCGGUUCGAUUAGUUGACUCAUAUUUUGUUUUUUAAUAU